GGAGUGGGGGAGGGAGGAGAGUGACAUCAGUCUGUAUUGACCGAGUGUGUAACGUGGUUUCCGUGUGUGCAGAGCAGCGGUUGACCGGGAGUGUGUUCUCCAGCAGAGCCCAGGACCAGAGCGGCGUUGGGUGUCAUGAAGGCUAUCAUACUGGCAGCUGGUUAUGGCACGAGGCUGAACCGUGACCUCCAGAGUCAGACCACGGUGGAGCUGCGGCCCCUCCUGGGCACCCCCAAGCCGCUUCUACCGGUUGGGCCCCGGCCGCUCAUCAGUCACUGGAUGGCGGCCGUCGAGGAGGACGGCGGCGCUAUUGACGCGGUUUACGUUGUUACAAACGAUCUCUACUAUGAGAGGUUUCAGGAUUGGGCAAAAGAAUUUAAACUGGUUCAAGUUUUGAAUGAUGGAACAAGAAGGAAUGAGGAACGGUUGGGUGCCAUAGCUUGUCUGCAACUUGCAAUUGAUAAAUUUAACAUCAAUGAUCACAUAUUGGUUAUUGGCGGUGACACACUAUUCUAUGAUGAUUUCAGCCUCUCAGAUGUCAUCACAAAAUUUGUUGAGCUACAGAAGACUAAUUGUGACAGCAAUCUAGUUCUGUCUUACUUGUGCAAAGAUGAAGAAACUACAAAGUUUGGGAUUUUAGAAGUCGACGAAAACUUCAAAGUCACUGCAUUUAAAGAAAAACCCAGCUCCACCCAAACAACAUCUCGCAGAGCAUGUCCUUGUUUUUAUGUGUACUCAAAAAACACAAUUCCAUUGAUUGCAAAAUUUCUUCAAGAAAAACAGAAUACACCCUUGGAAGAGAAGGAUGCACCUGGAAACUUCUUAUCCUGGGUCCACACGAGAAAGCCAGUCUUUGCUCAACAUAUAUCUGGGCGCUUUGAUGUCGGAAAUCUUCCAUCAUACAUUGACUGUAACAAAUAUUUUCAGAAGCGUCAAGAUACAACUGCUUAAUACAAGCAGCAACAUUCCAUUCAGUGCUUUUAAACUGUUCCUGUGCACAGAAAAAAUAAUGUAGAACUAAACUACUUUGCACUUUCGCUGAUGAGAGGAACUGAAUAUGGCAAUUAUAACCUGAAGCCCCUCUGGAGCCCUGGAAUUACCCUGUGAUUUUAUGCUGAAUACUUUUAUAAAGAUAUAUUUGAAUUGCUAUUUUUAAAAUUAAUUUAGUUCUGUUACCAUGCAAUGAAUGUAGAAGCAGGAAGUUCACAGAAUCUGUGAAAUGAGAGCAGGAAUGUACAGCUGUAGAUUGCUCAUGUCAUUUACAUACAAUUGCUCCUGUGCACUUGUAAGAUUGGUAGUGGUGUUAUUACGAACAAUUGCUACCUUGAGGUAUAAAAGCUUAAGCUUUCAAGUUGCUUUAUAAGCGGUUAUAAAGUACCAAAAAGCAUCUUCCAUCGUCGACAGACAUUGCCAGCAUUAAGUUUGCACAUGGACUUGUACCUGAAAUCCCCAUCACAGAUCGUACUCAUGGCAGAAUUCUGUUCUUUGGAGUUAGACGUGGUUUCUAUGAUGGAUAAUACCUUAUGAUUAGGAGUAUCAAUGAUCCAAAUAUGAAAAAUUCUAUGGAAAUCACUAGAGGAAUCAUUCAGAAAAAUUAAAUAAAUUGUACUGUAUCAGUUUAAAAAGAAUAAUAAAACCAGCAUUCCUUAUUGAAAGAUUGUUAAGAUUCAACACAUGGAUGUGCCUGAUAUAAAUGCAUUAAAAAGCCAAGAAUUUCCAUGUAAUUGGUUUUGAAUAUGAGUGAUCAAAAA